CAACUGAUAAGUCGGUUGGACUCUAACAGACAGCUUCCCUGGACGAAGUUAAUGUCGUCUUACAUAAAACUGUGACUCUGAAUCUCAACUGAACUGAACUCUUUCUUCACCUCCAUUGUGGAUCGUUGCCAUCCAUGAUCUCUGAGUGUCUUCUCUCCUGAUUCAAGUUGAUGAUGUGACAUCUUAGUUGCUCUGUGUCGUGCUGAACUUGAAGUGGAUGACUUGAAUAGUUAAUAGAUUGUUAUAUCAGACUUGAUGUUCUAUUCAGCUCUCUCUGUCUCUCUCUGUCCCUCUGUGUUUAUCCCCAUGACAUCCUCUGACUGUUUCUCACUGCUCUCCCUCUUCUCUCAGGAGCAAGAGUUUCUACAGAAGCAGCAGCAGGACCUGGACGGAGCUCUGAAGAAAAUCAUCCAGCAGCAUAAACUGGAGAUCGCCACUAUCGAGAGGGAUUGCCUCAACCACAAGCAACAGCUGAUGAGAGCUCGAGAGGCAGCCAUGUGGGAGCUGGAGGAGCGCCACCUGCAGGAGAAGCACCAGCAGCUGAAGCAGCAGCUGAAAGACCAGUACUUCCUGCAAAGACACCAGCUGCUGAAGAGGCAUGAGAAAGAGAUGGAGCAGAUGCAGCGCUACAAUCAGCGGCUGAUAGAGGAGAUGAAGAACAAACAGACGCAGGAGAGGGUUCGUCUGCCCAAGAUCCAGCGCAGUGAGGCCAAGACCCGCAUGGCCAUGUUCAAGAAGAGUCUCCGCAUCACUGCCACGGCAACUGUCACCCCGGAGCAGGAGAGAGAGCGAAUAAAACAGUUUGGAGCUCAGGAAGAAAAGAGGCAGAAGAACGAGAGACUCCAACAGCACCAGAAACACGAGAACCAGAUGAGAGACCUGCAGCUGCAAUGUGACUCAAACAUCAGGGAGCUGCAGCAGCUUCAGAAUGAGAAAUGCCACCUUUUGAUUGAGCAUGAGACCCAGAAGCUGAAGGAGCUGGAUGAGGAGCACGGCCUGGAGAUCAAGGAGUGGAGAGAGAAGCUCAGACCCAGAAAGAAGGCGUUGGAGGAGGAGUUCACACGAAAGCUCCAGGAGCAGGAGGUCUUCUUCAAGAUGAGCGGUGAAUCUGAAUGCCUUAACCCCACCACCCAGAGCCGAGUGUCCAAAUUCUACCCCAUCCCGAACCUGCACAACGCCGGUUUAUAGCCUCACGACCGUCUGUGCUGCACAAACGGACUCCUGUCGAACUCGACCAUGCUCACAGAUGCUGCCUGGUGGUGGAGCAGCGUCGUUCCUCUGACAGUUAAGUGAUCCAAAAAUGAAAAUGUCUCCACCUCUCUGAUUCCAACAAGAGUGAGCAUGACGUGCCUACACGCACACUUAAAUCGUUUUUUCUCAGCUUGUUGAGAAAGUGUCCGAGGGAUAAUAUGCACUUUUUUGAGCAUGUUAAAAAUUUUAACAGUCUGCAGUUGGUAGCUAAGCCCAAUCCUGCUUAUGAGAACAUUGGAAGCACAGCCUGCUACAGUAUGAAUGAUCUCCAGUGCCUCAUAUAUUCUUUUUUUCUGCAUUCAGACACUCCUCUGUUGGGUUUUCUUCAGCUUACAGUAAAUACAGUGCCCCCUGAAUGUGUUGCACUUAAAUAACUUUUUAUCAUUUUCCCCCCGUGAUCACAAAUACAUAUUACUUAAGUUCACAUGAGCUGCUGAAUAUUCCGAGAUCCUGUUAAGCUGCAUGGAAGGUGGAGCUGGUUCACAGGGAGAUGUUCUGUGUAUUCUAACUCGUGCAGUGUCUGUUGUUGCCAUGAGAGAAACAUGAUCGCCAUGUUGGGAUCAUAAGUCUGUGAGUUACAAUAAAAAAGAUUGUACUGUGUUGUAAAUGAGUGAAACGUUACAUGUCUCUACUUACAUAUGAAGUUAAAUCACAACUUGUGCUUACCACAAAGAUUUUACAGUCUUGAGAGAUUAAUGAACAAAAAAAUAACAAUUGCUUUCGCACAUAAUUUCACGUCAGUGCUGUUCUCCAAAACAAACAUCUCCCCAGUUUGGUUAAACACAGCGGUGGCAUGUGUUUCUUCCUUGAGAGUGAGAAAAUCCUUUUUUUAUAUAUAAAAUAUAUGUAUAAAAUAAAUCACUCAACCCUCUGGGAGUCUUUUUGAGCAGCGCUUGAACACGUGUGGAAACUAAAGGAAUGUAAAGCCGUUGAUUUGCACUGUUUUGCCACAAGAGCUGAAGAAAAGAAAUAUGCAGUUUAAUCUGUCAAAUUAUUUUUGACAGCAAGUCACCUUCGUCUCACCCAAGCCCAUUCUAAUGUUUUUUUAAUAUAUAAUUUGACCUUGUCCCUGAGUAUUUUAUGACCACAUGCAGUUUCCUGAACUCAUAUUCUUUGAUGUAUUGAAGCUGUAAUCACUCACUAUGCUGAGAUCAGUGUUGUAUGAGAGUUAAGAUGCUGUAUCUGUUACUGUAUGAAUUUCAGUGUGUGAGGAGACGUCCUUCGCUGUAUUUUAUGAGCAAAGUAUUGAUGGUUGACGAAAAGAGAAACUUAUUUCGAGAUUAAGAUGAUUAUUUUAUUUUGUCACUGCACUUCGUCAAGGCACGUUGUAAUUUCUUUACGCUGACACCAUUGAAUUGUCAUGAAUGCUGGAUUUACAUUGGGGUUAUUGGAGAACAUGUGUUUUGAAUUACACCCAUAGAUUUCAGAUAUUUUUUAUUUUAUUAAAUUGCUGCAUUUUAA